AUGUUUUGGGCCCGGCGCAACCUAGCCCAGCCCACGUCCGUUCCUCGUCUCCUUCCUUCGUGGAUGACACAGAUAGCAGCUGCAGGUUCUAUCGUAAUAACAAAGAUGGAUCCAAACGCGGUUAAGUCCACUCUGUCCAAUCUGGCGUUUGGAAACGUAAUGGCUGCAGCUGCCCGCGAUUAUCAGAAGGAAUUGCUUGCUCAUGAGAAGGCACAGACAUCAAGUUCAGUAAAUGAGGAGGUUGACCUUGAUGAGUUAAUGGAUGAUCCUGAGUUGGAAAAAUUGCAUGCAGAUAGGAUUGCAGCUCUUAAGAAAGAAGCAGAGAAGCGAGAAGAAUGGAAGAAGAAAGGUCAUGGAGAAUACCGUGAAAUAACCGAAGGUGAUUUCUUAGGCGAAGUCACUGGAAGUGAAAAGGUGAUUUGUCACUUCUACCAUAAGGAGUUCUAUAGAUGCAAGAUAAUUGAUAAGCAUUUAAAGUCCCUUGCACCAAAGCAUAUUGAUACGAAGUUCAUCAAGCUUGACGCAGAGAAUGCACCUUUCUUUGUUACAAAACUGGCUGUCAAGACUUUGCCUUGUGUCAUACUGUUCAGGCAAGGAGUUGCAAUAGAUAGAUUGGUCGGAUUUCAAGAUCUGGGAGGGAAAGAUGAUUUUACUACAAGAACACUUGAGGUUCUGCUUAUAAAGAAAGGUAUAAUUGCGGAGAAGAAAGAUGAGGAUGAUGAAGAUGAUGAAUAUCUUGACAGUACACGUAGAGUAGUCAGAUCCUCCACAAUUGCUGGUUCUGAUUCUGAUUCUGAAUAA